GCUCGAUAUACAAAUUAUGUUUGAGCUUGAGGCUGCGUUGAGGUUAGAAUGGUGUCGAAGAUGGGUGUGUUGAAAUUUUUGUCGCGGAACAUGACAAGCUUCGUUGCACAGACUAGUCGUGAUAAUGCAAUAUUAACGUUUGCCAGACAUCAGAGCGUACUUUCCUCUAAACUUGUGUACUCAGAAUACGGUGACCCACCAAAAGUCGUAAGACAAGAAAAAGAAGAGCUAAGAAAACCUGCUGAACAUGAAGUUAUGAUACGCAUGUUGGCGUCACCUGUAAACCCCGCAGAUAUCAACACUAUUCAGGGUGUCUACGCUGUAAAACCAAAAUUGCCUUCUAUACCGGGAAAUGAAGGUGUUGGAGAAAUUGUAGAUGUAGGCAAUGGAGUCACAGACUUGAAAGUCGGCGAUAGAGUUGUACCAAAAUUAAAUGCUUGGGGUACAUGGCGAACACACGCUGUCUGUAAUGCGGAUGAAUUAAUGAAAAUCUCUGACAAGAUUGGCAUUGUGGAAGCUGCCACACUUACUGUUAACCCCUGUACAGCAUACCGUAUGCUGAAAGACUUUGUACCGUUAUCUGAGGGAGAUUCAGUGAUUCAGAAUGGUGCAAAUAGUGCAGCGGGGCAAAAUGUGAUACAGCUGUGCAAAGCUUGGGGGAUAAAAUCUGUCAAUAUUGUUCGGAACAGGAGUGAUAUUGAUGAACUGAAGAAGUUUCUGGCAGAGCUUGGAGCGACAUAUGUAUUGACAGAGGAAGAACUCAGGACUACAGAUCUUUUCAAGAAAGGUGUUUUAGUAAGACCAAAGUUAGCACUAAAUUGUGUUGGAGGCAAAAAUGCACUUGAAGUGAUGAGACAUUUGGACAGUGGUGGUGUUAUGGUUACAUACGGGGGGAUGUCCCGAGAACCUGUGACUGUGCCUACAUCAGCUCUUAUAUUUAAGGAUAUAACUGUCCGUGGAUAUUGGAUGACAAGAUGGAGUAAUGAAAAUGCUAACAGCCCUGAAAGAUCUAGAAUGUUUGAAGAGUUAACCAACCUUAUAAUCGAAAGGAAAUUGAAUCCUCCAAAACAUACAUUGAUUGGAUUUGAAAGAUACAAGGAAGCACUGUCAAAUGCAAUGUCAACCAAAGGAUUUGUAGGGAUGAAAUAUAUUUUUGACUUCCAAAAAUAAUCUAAAAACAUCUUGUCAAAAACCAGUUUGGUGUUUGGUACAGUUUAUGUGAAUAAUUACCAGUUAUUCAGUUUUGUCCCUCCAAGGAUGGAGAGAAUGUUGUCUAAGCACCGAAAACAAUAAGCAUACUAUAUUCAUUGCACUGCAACAAUCUUUGAGGACUGAUUAAUUUUAUAGUGUAGCUAUUUCAUUCCUUAGUUAAAUCAACUGCUAAUUAAGAGCUUGUCAUCUUACACUUGAAAUACAGUGUAUUUGGUGUUUAUAUUGAUUCCAUUAUGCAUUUAUGAUUUAUGAGAGGUAUGUAGAUGAUAUAAGACCACAGAUUAAUACUGUAAAACACAUUAUUAUGUAAACAAGCCAAUUCUCAAGUGAAAUAAACAUUCUGGAUGUGCACAGUACCUGCAGUACACCUUUAGGUACACCACUGGUUGCUCAAAGAACUGUGAUUACUGUUAGCUACUGUCUGGAUGAAAUCUUUAAUAUUUUGUAUUGUAAUUUCAUCUGACAGAAGGAAAUAUAUGGUUUUUAUAACUGUUAAUAAAAUGGUGUACACUUGA